AGAGAGAGAGAGAGCAAGCGAGCGCUGAUUAGAUUGGAGAAAGCCAAGGAGGUAUGGGUAUACUAUUGAGCAAGGGGAGAGACAGAGCAGAGAGGGGAGGGUGACUAAGUGAAUGCUGCUUGCCGUCGCGUGUCGCCGAAUCACAGUGAAGUCCACAGGCAGGCGUACAGAUUGGACCUGAAUCAACAAAUGGAUACAGAAAAACUGGAUGUACAUUGCAUGUGAGGAGGAAAAUAAGGGAGGACGAAGAGUCUCCCUUCACAUCCUUUUAUCUCUGCAUCAGAUACUGCUGUGAGGAACCCACGGGGAGGGAAAAAGGAAAAUAGCAGACAACUCAUUUCUCUCUAACACCCUUAGAAGCUGAGGAGCUGUGAGCCAGAAUAGAGUCGACUGUGGGACUCGCUGGGAUUGAAUAUAUGCUCAUGCCGGUGUGUGUGCGUAUGUGAGUGUGUGUGUGUGUCUGUGUGUGAGUGUGAGAGAGAGAGCUGAUAAUAGCAGCCCCAUUGGUAUUCAGUGGAGGGAGCUCCAGGAUCUCGCUGCGCCUUUCCCCAGGAUGGGAUCACAGAGCAGGGAUUGUGCUCGCCUGUGGAGAGCCCGCUGAAAUGGAUCUGAAGCCUCGCAGAGAUGGACACCAAAUGGGCAGCGUGGAAGCCAACAUCCACCCUCCAGCGACUAGCUUUCCACACCUAACUGCAUCCACCAUCUCCAGGCAUCAGCUCGAACCAUCCCAGCGAGCGCUGAGCCUUCAGAGUUGAGAGUGGACAGGCCAGUCUGCGAUUCACGAAGCUGUCUACAGGAAAUAAAGAAAAGCAGAGAGGGCAACAAGCCUUAGAGGAAUCAACUUACAACAAACCAAUCAACCUGUUGAGCAUACAACUGAGGUUCCUGGACUUCAUGAGAAAUGAAAUAAGCUGCAGUGAUGCUUGAGCAGUGGUAUGGAGCUUUCGGACAUGUCCGGAUUUAUCGACCGGAUAUCCUUUCGAGAUUACGACACUUUUGUGCACACCUCAGAGCUGAGCCACUUUUCCAGAUUGGCUUGUGGGCAAAAGCGAGUAAUUGAAAAUCGCCCCUCGAGAGGCUCUCUGUUCUGAUUUGUUGUGGGGGAGGAGGGCUUGUAUUUUUUAUAAGGAACAAUUUAAAAAAAAACCCUCUUUAUCCCACGUUCCCCCCCCACACCCCUCUUGUCUUUUUCACCGUCUUUCUCACACAUUGCGGAGAAAUACAUUACGAAGCAGCACCAUUCUUCUUCAUCCUCCCUCUGUGACGGAGAGUGAAGAGGGACAGACUGUCCAGAAUAGAUAACGAGCAAGGAGACUGGCACUGAGGAGAGGGAGAGGGAAAAAGGAGAAAGAAAGAGCAGAAAAUAGAGGGGACACAGGUGGAGAGAGAAAGAAGAAGAGACGACAAGAAAAGAAAAAUAGAGAAUUAACUAGGAUUGUUCGAAAUCCUCUCUGAGACUUUGAGUCUCUUUCUAAUUCGUCUGCACCGUGUUGGAGGCUAGUUCGCGCAAUGGGCAGGGGAGGGGUCAGGAUUUACACCAGGGGGGGCACUUGAGCAGGAGAGUGGGGUUAUGUCCCCCCUGCACCUGCCUGGUCCGUGUCUUAGUGUUUGGCAGGAAGACAGACUGAGAGAUGGCCUGGUAAACAGACAGCUAUACUGAAUGACAGACAAGCUCUGAGGCUGGUAAGACAGACAGACAGACAGACAGGAAGACACAGCCUAUUCCAAGUGUCAGGCAGAGAGCCAGGCAGACAUCCAGUGCCGGCACAGUAGACAGCAUGCGAUUCAUUGUCAUUCUAUGCAGUGUGUGAGGAAAAGACAGAGAGAGGGAAAGAAAGCUGAGACAGAAAGAAAGAAGAGGAGCAUCCCUGUGUUUGUAGCUUCUGGAGAAUCUCACUUCCUCUGCAUCCACUUCAGUCACCACUGUGGCAAGCCCAUGCACUAAAAAAACAGGCUGGGAGGGAGGGGGCUGUUACUAGAAAGGAAAUACAGGUUGGAGAGGGGGAGAGGGAGGGAGGCAGGCAGAGAAACAGAGGGAGAGAGCAGGUGUCGGAAAUCCUUCCCUUCAUCUGCUUGUCAUUUACUCCUUUAUGUUCUCUCGUCGUCUGGCGAGGUGAUUGGUUUUCUGAUGCUGGUGUUCCUCUGCUCAUAGGCCCCUGCGCAAUCCCGAGGAAAAACAAGGUGUGAUCAGACAGAGGAAAAGCAGAAAAACACAGAAUAAAAGAAAAGGUGGAGCUCUGUUUUGAUUGACUAAUUUUUCAGCCCUUCCUUUUCUUAUUUGUCAGGACGGGGCUCUAGUUAUUUUUUCGCUUUAUUUUUUUUCUAGAACAGAUAGACGGAAGAAAAAUACUGGCCUGGUCAAUCCCUCAUUCUCUUACACAGAAUUGAACCCCUCCUUUUCAUCAAUUCUUCCUGCCUUCUCCUUAAAGGAUUAUUUUCUCCAUCUGAGUAUAAACACUGGAAUCCUGUAGAUCCCAUCUAUAUGUCCUGAUGCCCAGUGACACAGUGUGAACCUGUCUGACUUCCCCCCCACGGCGUCCCCUCCUUGGCUGAAGUGCUAAAACCCUGUGGUCUCAGAUCUCAAUGCCUGUGUUGACUCACUACUACAGAGAUAAUAUGGCACGGCGCUUCUGAUACCAUCUGAUUCAUUCUGUGGUGGUACAGGCAGCCAGCAGACCAUUCUCCAUGAGGAGCAGUAGAAGAUGCCGGCUCUGCCAGCACUGCUGCUGUCAAUACACUUCCUCUCCUUCCUGCUAGUCACCAUGCCGCCACGCUCCCUCAGUCAGGCCCCCCUGCUUUCCUCUGUCCGUAUGGCGGCGAUCCUGGAUGACCAGUCUGUGUGUGGGCGUGGGGAGCGGCUGGCGCUGUCCCUGGCCAGGGAGAACAUCAACAGCGUGAUGGAGGGUCCGGCCCGAGCUCGAGUGGAGGUGGACAUAUACGAGCUGCAAAAAGACUCCCAGUAUGACACUACGGAUACCAUGUGUCAGAUUCUACCCAAAGGCGUUGUCUCUGUGAUAGGUCCCGCCUCCAGCCCCGCCUCUGGCUCUACUGUCAGUCACAUAUGUGGAGAAAAGGAGAUCCCGCAUGUAAAGAUCGGUCCUGAGGAAACUCCGCGCUUACCGUACCUGCGCUUUGCCUCGGUCACUCUGUACCCUAGCAACGAGGACCUGAGCCUGGCCAUAGGAGCCAUCUUGCGCUCGUUCAGCUACCCCUCAGCCAGCCUGGUCUGCGCCAAGGCUGAGUGCCUGCUGAGAUUGGAGGAGCUGGUCCGCCGCUUUCUCAUCUCUCGGGAGACGCUGUCAAUCAGGAUGCUGGAUGACAACCUGGACCCUACGCCGCUGUUGAAGGAGAUCCGUGACGACAAAGUGGCCACCAUCAUCAUUGACGCCAAUGCUUCUGUCUCCUAUCUCAUCCUCAAGAAGGCAUCGGAGCUGGGGAUGACAUCAGCAUUUUACAAGUACAUCCUCACCACCAUGGACUUCCCUCUCCUGAGACUGGAUGAUAUAGUGGAUGAGCAGUCCAAUAUUGUGGGAUUUUCCAUGUUUAACACGACGCAUCCCUUCUAUUUGGAGUUCAUCAGGAGCCUCAACCUGUCUUGGUUGGAGGGCUGUGACCUAACAUACCCCGGCCCUGCGCUCUCGUCAGCGCUGAUGUUUGAUGCGGUGCAUGUGGUGGUGGGGGCGGUGAGGGAAUUGAACCGCAGUCAGGAAAUCGGAGUGAAGCCGCUCAGCUGCACCUCACCUCAGAUCUGGCAACAUGGGACCAGCCUCAUGAACUACCUGCGCAUGACAGCCCAAGCCCCAUCCUUCAUUGCCUCCGCCCCACCGGCCCGACAUCUGUCUUUGUUAGUCAACAUCAUGGUGUGCUCCAUCUUCAGCACCGUGCCAUUCAUCAUAGAUCUCACUAACUGUGCCAGCACCUGGGCUUUUGGAGAGGCAGAGCUGAGCUGUGAGGUGCAGGUGGAGUAUGAUGGUCUGACAGGGCGUGUGGAGUUCAACAGCAAAGGUCAGAGGACCAACUACACCCUGCGGAUCCUGGAGAAACACAGAGGAGGCCACAAAGAGAUCGGGAUCUGGUACUCCAACAACACCCUGGCAAUGAAUUCCACCAGUCUGGAUAUUAAUGUCUCAGAGACGCUGGCAAACAAGACCCUCAUUGUCACCACCAUACUGGAGAACCCAUAUGUGAUGCGUAAGGACAACUACCAGGAUUUCCAGGGUAACGACCAGUACGAGGGCUUCUGCGUCGACAUGCUGAGGGAGCUGGCAGACAUCUUGAAAUUCUCCUUCAAGAUCAAGCUGGUGGAUGAUGGGCUGUACGGGGCUCCAGAGCCCAACGGCUCCUGGACUGGCAUGGUUGGAGAGCUAAUCAACAGGAAAGCAGACCUGGCCGUGGCAGGCUUCACCAUCACGUCAGAGAGAGAGAAAGUUAUCGACUUCUCAAAGCCGUUCAUGACCCUGGGGAUCAGCAUCUUGUACAGAGUUCAGCUGGGUCGGAAGCCAGGUUACUUCUCCUUCCUUGAUCCCUUCUCACCAGCUGUCUGGCUCUUCAUGCUGCUCGCCUACCUGGCUGUCAGCUGUGUGCUCUUCCUGGCUGCAAGGCUGAGCCCCUACGAGUGGUACAACCCUCACCCAUGUCUGCGAGAGCGCAGGGACAUGCUGGAGAACCAGUACACCCUGGGAAACAGCCUGUGGUUCCCUGUUGGAGGCUUCAUGCAGCAGGGAUCAGAGAUAAUGCCCAGAGCCCUGUCUACCAGAUGUGUUAGCGGGGUUUGGUGGGCGUUCACCCUGAUCAUCAUCUCCUCCUACACGGCCAACCUGGCGGCUUUCCUGACCGUCCAGAGGAUGGAGGUUCCCAUCGAGUCCCCCGACGACUUGGCUGACCAGACUAACAUCGAGUAUGGCACCAUCCACGGAGGGAGCACGAUGACCUUCUUCAUGAACUCACGUUACCAGACCUACCAGAGGAUGUGGAACUACAUGAACUCCAAGCAGCCCAGCGUAUUUGUGAAAAGCACAGAGGAGGGCAUCGCCCGUGUGCUCAACUCCAAGUAUGCGUUCCUGAUGGAGAGCACCAUGAAUGAGUACCACCGCGGCCUCAACUGUAAUCUCACACAGAUAGGAGGCCUGCUGGACACCAAGGGCUAUGGCAUCGGCAUGCCACUUGGGUCUCCGUUCAGAGAUGAGAUCACGCUGGCCAUCCUCCAGCUGCAGGAGAAUAACAGGCUGGAAAUACUUAAGAGGAGGUGGUGGGAGGGAGGCCAAUGUCCCAAAGAGGAGGACCACCGUGCCAAGGGUCUGGGCAUGGAGAACAUUGGGGGCAUCUUUGUGGUGCUCAUCUGUGGCCUCAUCAUUGCCGUGUUUGUGGCCAUUAUGGAGUUUGUGUGGUCAACACGCCGCUCGGCAGAGACCGAUGAGGUAUGCCCCCAUACCUGCCCUCGCCGACCCCACAGACACACCCCAGUGUCUGUCUGUCAGGAGAUGAUCACAGAGUUCCGAAACGCCGUCUCCUGUAAGAAGAGCUCUCGCAUGCGCCGCCGUCGGCCCCUCAGCAGCUCAGCAGCCCUGCGCCACCCAACACGCAUAGCUCUGGGGGCCCCUCGGCCCCUGCGUCUGGUGCGGGAGAUGCGCCUCAGCAAUGGCAAGCUCUACAGUGGAGCUGGCCCCCUGACAGGUGGAGCUGGAGGAGGUGGAGCAGGAGGGACAGGCCCUUCAGAUCUGGGCCCUGGACCACAGCGGAUCCUAGAUGAUCCACUGGGUGCCAACACCACCCCUCCUCCACCAGCCCCCACCCCUGUGAUGCUGCCCUCCCGCAGCUGCACACACGUGAGGAUCUGCCAGGAGUGCCGGAGGAUCCAGAGCCUGAGAUCAGGCAGUAGUAUAGGAUCAGCCUCAACAAGAAUACCACCUUCAUCAGCACCCCUGCCCAGGCUACCCCCACCCCCACCUCCAUCUUCAUCCAACACAGACAGUGAGGGCGGAGGGGGCCCCAGCCCAAGGCGGCUACAUCACAGCCCCCCGCCUCAUACCCCGCGGCCCAUUCCACCACCACAGAACAGCAACACCACAGACCUACUGGUGGACCAGGACUGAGACCAGACGCAGUGGGUGGGGUGGGGUGAGAGGGCUGCAGAUAGCCAGUGAUGUUACUGAGGGACAUUUGUGCUGCUGAGAGAAACACUAUUUUCCACAGGUGAAAUUCACCUGAGAACAAAAGAGAGACAGGAGAGACAGAGGGGAAAAAGAAGUUUAACUCAGUGAGGUCAUUCAAUAGAGAACAAGACAACCUUUAAACUGUAACCCUUUCUCCAGCUGAGCUUGAGGCCCGCAGAUACAGAACUGGCAACAAGCACACAGUGAGAUUGUCGUCAGUUAAAGCUUCUGUGUUCAACUCUGAAGAACUGUUCAGUUUGGACAAAUCUGGGCAGAAGUGCACAUGAUCAGGUGGUGGUUUCCUGGCUUUCUUUUUCUCUCCUUACUCCCCUCUCACUUCACCUUUUAGAUUUGAGGGCACUGGUUUUCUUCCACAGACACUUUGCUGGAAGCUGACUACCCCUCUAGUAAAAUGAAGCCUUGUUGAAGGACAUACCGUGUCCGUAUGUGAUUUAAAAAAGCAACUAAAAGACUUCCAGAGAAUUAUUUCCUGAUGUUUUUUUUUUCUUUUGUCUUUAUUGUUUUGUUACCAUUGUUCUAAGUGGGAAUUACAGAGUUAAAUACAGACUAUGUGUGAUAAUAUGGUGGAUUAUAACAUACUAAGAAACUCGACUGCGGCCAAUUGUGUUCAGGAGUUUUGUGUCCCUCCCUGUGCCCCAUAGCUGCUUUUUGGAUGAUAUCAGCGAAGGUGGACAAAACGACUUCAAGAUAACAUAACGCAAACAAUAACAGAGGAAACUGAUGGCCUGCCUUUCUUUACACUGUGCGUGUGUGUAUAUGUAAUAAAUUGUGCUUCCUGUAAGUCUGUCUGUAACUAAUCACAGUGAGGAGAACCAUGUACCCAGCAACAACACCCUUCUACUAAUGUUAGAUAAUCAGACAGCCACAAAAAGGAAGAGAGAACAAGAGAGGGGGAGCAAGGGCUUUGAAAUGUGAAAUUAAUGUCCCUCGUUAUCCUGGGUAACGCUUGCCAAGCUUUUACUUCUUUUUCACCUCUGUUCACACAGCGUAGAAGAGAUAGAGAGACUGGGCGAGCCAGAGCCAGAGUGGUAAGAUAGAGAGGAACAGAAAGAGAGGAGAUAGAAAGAGGCAGAGAGUGAAAAGGACACUACUGAAUUUGAAUGCGAAAUCCCUAACUGAACUACUUCCAUUAUUAGAUCUGUCCUGAUCUGUUAAUUCUGGGCAUCUUUUAAGGGACUUGUUAAUGCGCCAGCAGGCUGUAGCUGCAGCUUCUUCCCUCCUCUCUGUUUAACAGACAGACUUGGCCGUACACAGUCAAGGCUCCUGCCAGAGUGAUAGACUCAGCGCAGCCUUGUCAAUACUGUCUCAAGCUUUUGAUCGCUUAAUUACUCCCCUCGGUGGCGGGGGACUCAUUCAGGAGGGGGCUGAACAGAGGAAAACAUGCUGAUAAAUAGAUUUAGAAGAAAUACAUGUUUUUCACUCUGGCUGGGUAGAGAAACUGCUCUCUUUUAAUUAUGUUGUUAAUGUUACAGUCCUACUGUUGUGUAAACGUCCAUCCAAAAUAAUUCAAAUGCUACAGUAUAUUGGCUAUGGUUCUUAAAGGAAUACACUGGUGGAUUUGCAUGUUUUAGCCCUUUAACUUUGAAUGUGUGUACACUUCACAUUACUGCUGAUGAUUAUUCAAACCCUUCCAUAGAUUUAGACUCAUAACUUCCAAAGUAACCACUGCUUUCAUACCAAGUCAUUUUGGUGUGAAAACUGUGGAUAACUGAUCCAUUACAGUCAUGUUAAAUAAGUAAUAGUAAAUAAGUAAUAAGUCUGGUUUUAUUUUUUUGGGGGUGGCAUAGUAGUGCAGUGGUUAGCAUUGUUGCCUCACCUUUGGGUUCAAACGUAGUGGUUUUCUAUGUGGAGGAAACCCUGCCAAUAGGUUUCCUCUGGGUACUCUGGCUUCCUCCCAUAGUCCAAAGACAUGCUGAUUAGGUUAACUGCCAACUCUACAUUGCCCUUGAGUGUGAAUGGUUGUAUGUCUCUAUAUGUCGGGCCUGUGAUGGACUGGUGACCAGUCCAGGGUGGGCCCUGCCUGUUGUCCAGUGUCAGGUGGGAUUGGCUCCAGCUCCCUCGCAGCCCUCAAAGGAUAAGUGGUAUAGCUCAUGGAAUGAAUGAUUGUAUUUUUCUUAUUGUCAACAAAUCGCAUGAAAAGACCCAAACAAACAAUGAAUUGAUCUGACAAAUAAGUUCAUCUGUGCCAUAGACCUUUACUGUUGGCCACAUUCUCUGAAAAAAACACAUUAAACAGCCUCAUCAUUACAUGGGCUGGAAUGUUCAUUCACUACCAUGAACGUAAACACUGUAGUUUAUACCAAAAUAGCAUCUUGUUCCCAUAAAUACUCAAGAAUAUUAAUCCACAGCUGAAAAUAGUCCCCAACAAAUACACUAUUUGAGUAAGGUUUGCUAAAAACUACAGAGCUCAGCUCUGUAUUUACGCUGCCUUUUCAGGUAACUCUUCAGUUGGAACAAAUGGCUGGGGAAGUUGGAAAGUAUUGAGAAUCAGACUUACGCAGAUGGUUUUGGUCUUUUCAUGGGAUUAGUUGACAAUAACAAAAAUAUGUAAUAUCACCAACCUUAUUCUUUAAGUCUGCUUUACAGUAAAAAGAAACAAAACACUGAAUGUGGUGAGACCACUAGGCUACACCAUCACCUCCCAUCAUCAGAUGUUUGUGGACAGAUCAAUAAUCUUAUUCAUCCAAAAUGAGUAUUUGUUAUAAUGUCUAGGACCACUUGUACAGUAAAAUAGAUCAGAUCAAUUUUAUGUCUGUUGUAAAAGAAUGCAAAACGCAUGCAGCAGCAUGAUUUCCCUUUAGCGUACUUUAAGUACCUACAAUUAAUUUUGUGUGCCACAGCUGUUAACUGUUCCCAGAAUCCCAGAAUCAUGUGACAUUAUCAUGUGCUGCAUUAGCAUUCUGCGGGUCAUUGACUCAUUAGUGUCUAUAUGUUUAUUGAAUCUGUUGCUCAAUUGGUUUUAUUUCCUGUUGAUUGAUUCACUACUUACUGAACUACGGGGGUGGUUGGAUACACACCCUUGGUUAUAGUUAAUGUACUUACAGUAGCUAUAAAAAGCCUUUCUGGUUGGUGUAUUCAAGGAAAUGCAGACCUUCAGGAUAUGAGAGGUGGCUGAUGCAAUGUAUUCAAUGCGAGAUAUGACCAAAUUCUCAUUACCCCGUUCAUACUUACCAAUUCUUAUGUAGUUUGAUUUUCUGACAGCAGAGAUGAUGAAUGUAAUAUUUUUCAGCACAUGAUUCUCAGCUCUUGAAAGUCUGUUUUUCCUACUUCCUGAACGUAUCAGUAACAUAUUUUCUUGUCCUCUUUUUGCCCCUACUUUGGAAUGACAUUUUCGUCAUUUGUGCCACAAUCCUUGUGUUUUUAUAACCUCUAGAUAAACACGAGUCUCCUCCAUUUAGAGUAACCAACUUUGUUUUCCACCUGUAACUGAGGAGGGUUCAUCAAACUGCAGACGUUGCUAGUGCAGCAAUAAGGGCAUGAUCAAUCACUGGCUUCUCACCCAUCUAUAUUCAGCAGUAAUACAAAGUGUGUGAGAUAACAUGCAAAACCACCAAUACAGCCCUUUAUAAAUCCCUUAAAAAUGCAGGCAUUGUUGUCUAGUCUAACAUUGCAUUGCUAUACAAAAUUAUUCAUUUUGCAGUGAAACUGAUUUCUCAGUACUGUUGUGUUCCAGAUAAGGAAUGAUAACAUUGUUUGCACACAUUAUGCCAUUUCUCUGAAUGAUGGCUGUCAGCAGAAGCAGGCCUGGAUUUGAUGCAUCUCUUUCUCUGUUUAUGUCUGCCUUUGUGUCCAGAAUGCUGACAAGACAACUUGAGCCAAACUGUCUUCACAAGUCGCCACAGUACACACACACACACACACACACACACACACACACACACACACACACACACACACACACACACUCACUCACUCUCUCUCUCUCUCACAUACACACACACACACACACACACAUACACUCACACUCACAUGCUCACACACACGCAUGCACGCUAACACAUACACAUGCUCACAAACAGAAACACACUCAUCCACAGCAUCUUCAUUCCGUAUUCCCUUGUUGUCUAAAGGCUAAGGCUGGUUGUUUUUGUUGUUUUCAAACUUGACUUGAGUCUUUUUUUUCCUUGUGUUCUUUGGUUUGGUCUUUAUAGAAAUUCACAAAACUUGAUAUGUGACAACAACAUAUAGCCAUUAUGUGGCAAUCAACAGCUUUAAACCAUCAGCUGAAAGCAUUUGUUAGCUGCAAAGCAUUACUGUGGAGAGGCAAGAGGAGGUUACAAACCCUCUCUUGUAUGACUAUCAGUGGGAAGGGAGGGUCACAAAACAAAUCAGAUGGGGUGUCUGAAUGGUCACUCUACAAAACAAACCUUUUCAUUUACUUUUAUGUUCUUUUCUUUGAUAUUUUUUCAUAUUUCUAUACUAGUGCUAAAUGGAUUAUUAAAACUGAUGAUGAAUAUUA